AUGGCCAAACGCCGCCAACUCACCGAGGCAUCCAACCCACGCUCGAAGCGCAAGAAGUCCACGGCGAAAGGCUCCGCGCCGACCAACCUUCCUAAAACCUCAUCAAUCGGCGCGACUACCGCUCAUGCAGUCUUACCGGUCUCUCGUGUAUCAAACUUCUUCAACAAGUUCCCUGCAGAAAUUCGCAUUCAGAUCUACGAGCUUGCAUACCCUGAAGGGCAGCUGCUGAAGAUCAAGCCGACGUAUCCCGUUCGCGCGCGCAAUUGUGCUCUCAACCACCUACUGGUCUCAAAACAGUGGUUUAACGAGACGAUCGAAAUCUUCGCGCGCGCGACCGAGUUCGAGUUCUCCGAUUUCCGCGCCAUGGAGGAGAUUGUGCAGGGUCUUCCUGGAUAUUUGGCAUCAGGCAUCAGCCGUGUCUCUGUGCACUCUCUCGACGGCUCACCCGGCCUCAGAUGGCCCACUUUCGAUUCGGGGCCGUGUGAGCAGCGGAUGCGGAAGCUUAGCGAGAGGACUCCUAAGCUCGAGUAUCUACGACUUCAUCUUCCGCGAGGUUUCUGCUGGCUCGAGGAUAAUACAUCCGAGGAUCUGGGAGUCGAACUGGCCUGGUCUUACAGCGAGAUUACAGGGAUUUGUACUUGGCGCGGGUUGAAGGACUUCAAGGUUGAGAUUGGCCCGGGAGGAAAUUCAACAGACAGCGCACAACUGGAUGCCCUUCAGGUUGAAAAAUACGUCAAGUCUCGGGUUUGCCAGUCUAGAGGCGAUCAAGACUGA